CACACAGGAACGGGAAAUCCGCCUCAAGGCUCGGAGGAGGCGGGAGGUGUGAGGCUCUCGAAGGCCUUGCCGUAAAACGAAACUAGGUUUAAGUACAGCUGGUGGAAAAACAGUGAAAGAAUAGGCUGUUAAUUUAAAGGUGUCUUUAAUAUUAGGUAAUAAUUUUUAGCUGAAUAUUUUAGGUUUUACGCUACACCCUGAAAAUGCCUAGAGGCGGAAAGAAGGGGCACAAGGGCAGGUCGAAGCAGUUCAGCAACCCCGAGGAGAUUGACCGGCAGAUGCGAGCCCAACGAGAAAAGGAGGAGAAUGGCGGUGAAGAACCAGAAAAUUCAUCUGAGUCUGACAAGGAGAGCAGUGAUGAUGAGGACUGUGAGCAAAAGAGAAAAGGGGUGGAGGGACUGAUAGAGAUCGAGAAUCCUAAUCGCAUCUCGCAGAAGAACAAGAAGGUUCCUGAGCUGGAGGCGAGCGCACCCAAGGAGCUCAGUCGUCGAGAGAGGGAGGAGAUCGAGAAGCAGCGGGCCAAGGAGAGGUACAUGAAGCUACACCUGGAGGGGAAGACGGAGCAGGCCCGCGCCGACCUCGCCCGGCUGGCCAUCAUCAAGAAGCAACGUGAGGAGGCCGCGAAGAAGAGGGAGGAUCUUAGGAAAGAAAAAGAAGUGGAGGCUACAAAGGCUAAACGCUAGCUGCCAGAGGGCUGUGAGGGUGUGACUUCUCAGGGGGCCAGGGUGGUUGUGACAGGGAGAUGGCGAGAAGUAUUCACAAGCCCUCGCCAGCCGCCUCCUCCUCUGUGGAUGAGUGUAGAGCACGUUUCACAUCUGGGGAAUAAGGAAGGCAAUUGUCAUCAAGGCUCACCAUUGUCUUCACCUCCACAUCACGCAAAACAUUUUUAACUCCCCCCCCCCCCCCCCGACUGAUACUCCUUACUGUGUUAAUGCUGCUGGGAUACAUUGCUGGCUCCUCCCACCCUCCUCCAAAAGGGGGGUGGCUAGAUCCUCAUUAAAGUCACAUUGACACCAAAAGGGGUGGAGUCUAGACACAGAGGUGCUGACAGACACACAGUCAUUUCAUCAAUACAUUUCCCCCGUUGUACUACCUGCAGAAAUUUCAUUUUACUGGAAUGCAAAACGAGGGACCUGGAACAUCGUGGUCUGAUAGUCAAGUUUCCACAUUUACUGCAUUAACUUUUAACUGUUAACAGGUCCAGUCUUGUGUCUCAUUUCCAUCAACAUGCAGGUUUAGCUUGGAAGGUUCUUGUCAUCAUGGAAACUUCUCUCAAAUGAGCAACUUAAAUGCAAGAGCUCUCCGGGACCAAAUGUUUACAGAUUCCUGUGUGUGUUUGGUAUUUGUUAGACUUCAUUUUCUUUUGUUGUAUAGAAAUAAAAGGUUGAAUUGACA